UCGACUUGUCUCAAAUCUAGAUUGAAAACACAAUGUUAGACAGAAUACUGACUAUAAAUAAAUGUAACUUUCUCCUCUGUGUUCGUCCCCCUUAGCUCCACCUCCUCCACGAACAGUCUCUACCUUAUACAUUUUGGAAGCAGAGGGCCCGAGGCAUCAGCAGUGAAACUAUCCAGCAGAGAUGACAACAUCCACAGCUAAACUGCAGGAGCUCUACAAUCAGCAGGGUUUCCUCUCUGCACUGUCUGUGUUGAAUGAGACAGAGCUGAGGGAGGCCAGGUGUGCCUUUUCUGAGCUGGAGAAAGAAUUUGGUGAGGAGUACACCCAGUACAGCCUCCACAAUGUUCACCGUCAAUACCCAUGGGUGAGUGGCCUGACCAAACACCCUAAAAUCAUACAAGUGAUGGAAGCCAUCCUGGGCCCUGACGUCAUCCUGCUGGACUCACGCUUCAUCUGUAAAUACCCAACACUCAAACCUGACAUCCUGGAGAAAGAAGGAGAAAACAAACCUGGACUUCCGUAUGUGGCCUGGCAUCAGGACAUGAGAUACUGGGGUAUUGCUGGUGGCCCUGUUCUGUCCGUGUGGCUCGCUUUAGAUGACUCCCUGCAGGAGAAUGGCGCCCUUCAGGUCAUCCCAGGUAGCCACUGCGCUGGCAUGUUGCCCCAUCGUCAGGCCAGCCGCCCUGGAAACAUGCUGUCGGUCAAUCAGGAGAUCCCAGAGGAGCUGGUGCAUGCUGAUGAAGCUGUCUUGUGUCCUCUGUUAGCUGGGCAGAUGUCUAUUCAUGACGGACUGCUCGUCCAUGCAAGUGACGCCAACACAUCCCAGAAGAGGCGCUGUGGGUUUGUGAUCCGUUAUGUUCCCACCUGUGCAUAUCCCAUACAGGAUGCUGAUCGUCCCAGGAAAUUUGCUGCAACAGAGUUGGUCUGUGGAACAGAUCACUUCAAAAAUUUCUCCAACAAAACCACAUGA